UAACUAAAUAAACACAAACAAAUAAUAUGUGAUAUGUACGGUAAAAAUGACCGUUCUCAGAAUUAUACAAAUAAAUAUCAGAGCUCAUUUGUUGACCAGUGCGGAAUUCUUGUUUGAAUCUCAUUACAAUGGUCGAUUUAAGUUCAACAAGUUUAUGUAGAAUAUGUCUACAAGACGGAGCUACACUCCCAAUAUUUGAAAAAUUGGAAAAUGGAGAAAACGUACUCUUAAAAUUGUCUUUAUGUAUACAACAUGGAAAAAUAGAAGAUGUCGAAGGAUUACCACGUCAUAUAUGUAAUAUGUGCAAUAAUACAUUAGAUACUUUGUGUGAUUUUAUAAAUAAGUUUAAAGAGUCUUGUAAAAUAUUAGAAAAUGGUUUACUUAUUGUUAUGAAGGAAGAUUUAAUUUGUCCUAAACAUGACCAUUUGACUGAAGUAGAAAUAGAUGUGAAGAAUAUUAAGGCUGAGUCUGAAGACCACUAUGAUGAUGGUUUUGAUGAUUAUGAGGAUUUACUUCCAUUAAAAUUACCAUCAACAGUAAAAAAGGAACCAAUUAAGAAGAAACUUAUAAAGAAAGAACCAAAGUCUCGGAAAGUAAAAACUGAAAUUGGUACAAACAAGAUUGCUUCUUCUAUAUUAGAAGGCAACUUUUUAUGGAAUGGAGAAAAAUGGUGUAUUAAAUCAGGGUCUCCAAAAUUCAGCAAAAACACAACCAGGGUAUCAAAAGAACCAAAACCAAGACCACAGACAAAAAUCAAAUUACCCAAUAUAAAGAAACCUACCACAGAUAAGUUAUGUGAUGUUUGUGGAGAUGUGUUUAAGAAUGGUGACAAACUCUCUAAUCAUAAGAAAACUGUACAUUUUAAAAAUCCCAUAAAAUGCCCUAGUUGUCCAAAAAUUUGUACCUCCGACUAUUAUUUACAUAAACAUAUGAAAAGAAAGCAUGAGAAAAAUAGAGAAUUUAUAUGUGCUGCAUGUGGCCAAGGUUUUGCAUUUAGAGGAGACUUGACAAGUCACAACAGAAGUGUACAUGAUAAAGUAAGACCUAAAAAGGUGUAUUCAUGCAAAUUCUGUGAUAAAACCUACAAAUGUGCAAAGUCUACAAUUAUUCAUGAGAGAUCUGUUCACACAGGGCAAAGACCAGCUGAGUGUUCUGUCUGCAAUACUAGUUUUUACCAUGAAGAUUAUUUGAAAGAACACAUGAGGUUGCAUACAGGUGAGACUCCAUUCAAAUGUCCAAUAUGUGGGCGAGGAUAUGCCCAGAGAGGAAAUAUGAAAAGCCAUCUUCGAAUCCACAAGAUAUCAGAACUGGAUGCCAACACCCUGAGCAAAUUGAAACCAAAUUAUUUGAAAUUGCUAAAAGUAUGAAACUUUUAAUUCUAAUUGAUCUAAUAGUAUUUUAAAAACUGUUAUCAUAUUGUUUUGUUAGGAUUUGACAGUUUUUGAGAGUAAAAGUUUGACCACAGCACUUCUCUGUGCCCACACGGCAAUAAUCUACGAAACCGCACUACUCUUUACUUCAAACAAGCGCUUUUGAAGGGGUCACAUGUCGAUUUCACUACAAGUGUCAAAUUUUGUUUCUCCUUUUAAUAUUUUAUGUUUUGGUAUUUUGUGACAUGUGACUCAGGUUGGCUGGACAAAUCUUCGUUUAGGUUUUUUCAAUAUACUUCCGUUACCGAGAUUAAGGUACCAGCGAAAAGUGUUAUUUCAAGAUGGCUGGACACGUUUUCACUGUAGCGUCACAUAUUCUGAAAUAAGGGUGUUUAGCCGUCACAUAAAGUGACCUAUUGACCUAGUUAAAUGCAAGCUAUUUUGAAGAUUUGUCCAGCCGACCUGAGUCAUGUGACAACUUUGUUGGCCGCGCCUGUACAACUGUUUAACGACUUCCUUUAUGCGGUACCAGUGUUGUGGAAUCACGCAACAGUUUUUUUAUUACUUAGUCUUCUAUACAAGUUAAUUAUUGAAAAGUUAUGUGAUUAUAUCAUAGUCUAUCAGUUAGGAGUAUUAUAGUUUGAUAUGAAACUGGACCAAGAGGACCAUAUCAUUGUUUUGUUUUUCAAGUUAAAAUAUGUAUAGUUACUAUUACCUUUCAUUGCACAAUUUACAGUGUAGAAACACCAACUAUAUGAGUAUGUAUUUCUUUGAUUGAUUUUCGAGCUUAUCGUAGUAUUUUUAAAGUCGAAAAUCAAUCUUGACAUAGUUAAGUUACAGUUAAGAAGAAGUCUAUUUGUUUUGUUGUCUAUUUCUGGUAAGAAAAUUAUAACGAUUUUAAUUCUAUUCCAUAGUCUCGCAUAAGAAUUUACAAGAACUUUUGUUUACGUUUUUAGUAGGGAAAUAAUUAUUUAACAUGUAUGAAAACUAUGUUGGUGCUAAGUAUGUGUUUUGUCAUAAAACAAAGAGUUAAUCAUGUGAUAUAAUUUCAUAAUAGUUGCAUGGCACUUUAUUUCAUUCUUUACUUGAAUGAUAAGAUAAAUUUCUAACCUCCAUACUCAGAAACAUUCAAUGAUUAUUUGAACUAUUCCUUAGUAACAAUUUUGUUCAAAAACAAUUUCUGAGGAAUAGAUU